CGCUUCCUAGCAAUAGGUGGUGAUUAUCGACUUGGCACUGAGUAAAAUUAGGAGACAUCUGGCAUCCACGGUAGUCGCGAGCUCAGUCGUGUAAUUUUAAUAAAAGCUUCAAUGAAUUUUUGAUGACGGCGCCAAAACGACUUGUGUGCGUACGCCCGCAUAGUAUUCUCGUGGAUGGGAGUACAGUAAAUUUGUAAAAAGACAGUGCAACCCCACCCACCCACCGCCUGGCUCGCGGCAGUCAUACGCCCGUUGGACUAAUCAUGGGAACCGAUUGCUCUGGCGCCAACUUUUCCAUUACAUAAUUCGGAGCGAAGGUGUCCUGAUUCGCAGAACGCGCUGAUAAAAUAUAUAGACGUGUCGAUGUUAUUUAUAGAUUGUGCUGGAAUUUCCUAUUUGGUUUCUGUUGAGCUAAACGCAAGACCCAGCUAAUCCAACAAUAUGUCCGAAUACUGGCUUAUUUCGGCUCCUGGCGACAAAACAUGCCAGCAAACUUUCGACACCAUGAACAACCUUACUAGCAAACAAAAUAGCGUUUGCGUGAAUUAUAAAUUUCCGAUUCCGGAUCUAAAGGUUGGAACGUUGGAUCAGCUGGUCGGGCUAUCCGAUGAUCUUGGUAAACUCGAUGCCUAUGUUGAGCAAACAGCUCGCAAGGUUGCCACCUACUUAGGUGAAGUUCUCGAAGAUCAACGUGAUAAGCUUCAAGAAAAUCUGCUUGCAAACAAUAGUCCGGGUCCGCCAGAUGAAAAUACUCAUUCGGAAUUAUUAGGCCAAUCAUCGAAUUUAUCAAAUAGCCGAGAUACUUGUUCCCCGUGCCAAGGAAGCCUUACAAAUUCGACUGGUUCUGAAAAAGAAUUUGAUGCACAGUGUGUAUGUGAUAGUGAAAAUUCUAGUAAUGAAUACAAUGAUACGUUUGAUUGGUGGUUUCAGAGAAACCGUGGUUCGAAUAAAAGCAGAAGUCAAUCGUCAAGUCAAUUAAAUAUGACAAGUGGAGCAAAUUCGACACAUCGUUCAUCUCCCGUGAGUAGUUGUUGUGGGAGUAGUCAUGGUCGGUCCAGUCCUGACGUUGAACUGAACGGAGAUGGAGUGGGCGAGCCACCGCCAAUGCCACUUAGUCCAGCUGAUCUUCCCAGUUAUAUUACUCGUUUUCAAUGGGAUAUGGCCAAAUACCCAAUAAAGCAAUCAUUGCGAAAUAUCGCCGAUAUUAUUUCGAAGCAAGUUGGUCAAAUUGAUGCCGAUUUGAAAACAAAAUCAACGGCCUACAAUAAUCUGAAAGGUAACUUGCAAAAUCUGGAAAAGAAACAAACUGGAAGUUUGUUGACGCGUAAUUUGGCGGACUUAGUCAAGAAGGAACAUUUCAUUCUUGAUUCGGAAUAUUUGACUACUCUUUUGGUUAUUGUCCCAAAAGCUCUUGGUAGCGACUGGAUCAAUGGCUAUGAAAAAAUCACUGAUAUGAUUGUUCCACGCUCGUCAACGCUUAUUACUCAAGAUCAAGAUUUUUUCCUGUACAAUGUUACGCUCUUCAAAAAGGUUGUUGAAGAAUUCAAAUUGCAUGCCCGUGAGAAGAAGUUUGUUGUUAGAGAUUUUGUAUAUAAUGAAGAAGAAUUGGCAGCUGGUAAAAAUGAAAUAACCAAGCUGGUUACCGACAAGAAAAAGCAAUUUGGUCCACUCGUCAGGUGGCUUAAAGUCAACUUCAGUGAAUGCUUCUGCGCUUGGAUUCACGUGAAAGCCUUGAGAGUGUUCGUGGAAUCAGUAUUGCGCUACGGCCUGCCCGUGAAUUUCCAGGCAAUUUUAAUUCACCCGAAUAAGAAAAGCACAAAAAGAUUGCGAGAUCUGCUAAACCAACUCUAUGGCCACUUGGAUGGUUCUGCUACAUCCUCUGGUGGUGGUGGUGGCAAUGCUGAUAGCGUUGACAUACCUGGGCUGGGCUUUGGCCAACAGGAGUAUUAUCCAUACGUUUACUACAAACUCAACAUAGAUAUGGUCGACGCGAAAGUUUAAGCUUUGCCAAACACACAAAAUUCAAGAGAAACGUUUACCAAACUAGUAAUAAAAAAAACCUUGUGCUUAUGGCUUUAGACACCGAGGUAUAUGAACGUAAUAAUUGACAAGAACAUCUUUUUGUGUUCUUUCAAUGUUUGGAUUCAAUCACUAUUCCAUUGUCCACUCUUUUUUAAGUUUUCUCCUGCAUGAAUAUUUGUGGUUUAUUUUAAAGAAAAUACUAAGUUUUUACCCCCUCCGGACAUUAAAAUAUCUGAAUAAAGCUAAAGCUUUAAGACAACAAGUUUUCAUUAUAUAUUUUACCAGUAUUCAUACGAGUUAUUCUAAUUUUUAGCAUUUAUAGGUGUUUCUUUUGUUCAUUUUCAUGUACCCUUUCUUUCGAUUGUGAAAACAAAGUCAAUUUACAUAAUUUUCUUUUCUGGUAUUACACAGGAAAUUCAAUGUAGCUUAGAUCUGAUCUGUUUUUUCUUGCAAAGUUCAUAAUAUUUAGAAAAAAGAAGAAAUUUGUAGACUUUAUAUUCUCCCUUCAACCUAUACAGUGACAAAGAAAAAUGUGAACAACGUAAAAAGCAAUUUAAAAAAAAAAAACGAUUGAUACAAAUUUCUUUUUCUUGAGGAAAAUCGCGGAUCCGAAUUACAUAAGCUUGAGCCAUGUGUAAUUCAUCUAUUUUUUGUUGUUAUUGUUCUUGAAAUAAAAAAAACAAUUGUUAUCGUUUACAAAAUGAGAAGUAGUUAUUGAAAAAUAAUAAAAAUCUGAUGGAAAAUACCUAAAAGAACAAUAAUUUAUGUAAGGAGAAAUUUAUAAUAUAGAAUAUAUGUAAAAAGAGAAAUCCGUUAUGUAAAUAAUGAAUCGAAGUAUAAAACAUUCCAAGAAGAGUGCUUUCGAAAUUCAACUUUGGUAUUGAUAAGGUUUUAUUUCAAUUUUUACCCUCAAAACUGGCAUUUGUUGAAUAAAUUUUCUGCCCAUGUU